AAAAAAAAAAAAAAAAAAAAAAAAGAGGAAAUCACACAAUUUCAGUAUCUAUAGUCCGUCUCUGUAAAUGGUGGCAAUUAAAAACACCAAUUCUAUCAGCGACCUCUCAUGGUUCUUCAAAACCCUAAUUUACAGUCGUUAUUAUUAUUACUAUUGUUAUUUUUGUUACUCUUUUCUGUGGGCCUGACUGGGAAUGGAAUCAGGGAAAGUUCUUCAAAACCCUAGGUUCCCAACUAGCUCUGCCAAAACCAUGGCCAGCAAUGAGCUAUCGCAGAAGACGACUCCGUCAUUGCUGGACAGGUUCAGGGCUCUGUUGAAGCAGCGGGAAGAGGAGGCUAGGGUUUCUGCGGAGGAUGAUGAUGCGGCAGGGCCAACUUUGAGUGCCGAGGAGAUAGUGCAGCUUUACGAGCUGGUGCUCGAUGAAUUGACUUUUAAUUCCAAACCUAUCAUUACCGAUUUGACAAUUAUUGCUGGCGAGCUGAGGGAGCAAGGCGAGGGCAUUGCGGAUGCUAUCUGUGCCCGUAUUAUCGAGGUUCCAGUCGAGCAAAAAUUGCCUUCUUUAUAUCUCUUGGAUAGCAUUGUCAAGAACAUUGGCCGUGAUUAUGUUAGGUACUUUUCUACCCGUUUGCCUGAGGUUUUCUGUGAGGCAUACAGACAAGUUCAUCCUAACUUAUAUCCUUCAAUGCGGCACCUCUUUGGAACAUGGUCCUCUGUAUUCCCACCUUCUGUGCUUGGCAAAAUUGAGACUCAACUGCAAUUUUCUCCACAAGUUAAUAGUCAAUCCUCUGGCUUGUCUUCCUUGAAGGCAUCUGAUUCACCAAGGCCGACUCAUGGCAUUCAUGUUAAUCCCAAAUACUUACGUCAGUUGGAAAAUUCAACUUCAGAUAAUAAUGCUCAGCAACAUGUUAGAGGAGCUUCUUCAACUCUAAAAGUAUAUGGACAAAAACCUGCCAUUGCAUAUGAUGAGUAUGAUUCUGAUCAUGCAGAGGUCACAUCCUCACAGGUUGGAGCCCAGAGAUUAAAUACAGUGGGAACAGUGGGAACUGUGGGUCAUACUUCUUUUAUGCUUGGGGCUAAUAAGCUGUAUGCAUCUUCAAGUUCUAGGCUCGCAAGACACGCACCUUCAAGUGUUGGAGCUGAAAGGCCUUUGCCUUCAGAAGUUGAUGACUUUGCUAUGGGCAAUUCUCCUAGAAGGUUUGUUGAGGGGGCUUCACCAUCUCAUCCUCUGUUUGAUUAUGGGCCCAGUAGACCCAUUGCCAGAGAUGAAGAAACAACUGAUUGGAGACGAAAACACUAUUCUGAUGAUAUCCAAAACCGAUUGGAAACUUCUGUUGCAUAUAGCCUUUCCAAUGGACAUGAGCAUCAAGGACCUAGGGCUUUGAUAGAUGCAUAUGGAGAAGACAAACGGAGUAGAGUUUCAAAUAGCAAACCUUUGCAAAUUGAUCGCUUAGAUGUAGAUGGCAUGGUCAAUAAAGUGGCUCCAAGGUUAUGGCAGAAUACUGAAGAGGAGGAAUUUGAUUGGGAAGAUAUGAGCCCUACAUUAGCAGACCGCAAUAGGAGCAAUGAUUUCUUAUCAUCAUCUGUUCCGCCUUUUGGAGGGGUGGGGACUAGGCCUGGGUUUGGAACAAGAGGUCCUUCCCAGUUGGAUUCUGAUAUUAGGAGCAACCGAUCUGCUCAGGCUCAGCUAUCAUUGAUAGAUGAUUCCUCCGAUAUUGCUGAAGAUUCAAUCCCCAUUUUGGGUUCUGGUCGUGGAUCUACUGCUAAGUUACCUGGCUUCCAACCUGAGAGAAAUCAGAUUAUGGCUUCCCACUAUCCUCGAGAAGCUUGGAAGUUGCUGAAUCAUUACCCUCAGUCAACAGAUCUGAAUGCUAAAGGAAGAAAUCGAGAAUUCCGGAUGCCAUUUUCUAGAAGUGUUAUAUCCUCUUCAGUCAGUGAUAGUUUGGCUCCUCUUGUUGACAAACUUCCUGACACUGAUGGUCAGUAUGUUAGGCCUCCAACUCUCCCCUCGAGAGUGGGUUCUAGUAUUGCACCAUCAACAGCAGGAGUAUGGCCUCUUGUAAAUGUGCAUAAAUCUCAUCCACCUCCUGUGCACCCAAUUUUCCCACCACAAAAGCAGAGUAGAAGUCAGUUUGAUUCAACAAAUGCAAGAAAUACUGUUGUAAAUCAGGGUUUACAGCAGUCUACCUUUUCAUCUGAGCAACAGUUCAAUGGUUUUGAAAGCAUGGAGCCCAGUUUGACGAAGCAACCACUGUUACCCAGUCGGCAUGCCACCCUAAAUCAGCAAAACCAGGCUCAAGUUAAUCAUUUUCAGCCACAGUUUCUCCCAUCUAACGAGGCUCGAGAAAAUUUUCCACUAUCUAUCUCUUCAUUGCCACAUCAGACACGGGUAUCUACACUGGAUCCAGUACAUGCCACACAAGGACAUGGUGCUGCCAUGAGUAUGGUUCGUUCUAAUCCUGUACCUUUUAUGCUGCCUUUACCUGUUAACAAUAUUCCAAACACCUUGCAACCACAUGCUGGGACUCGUCCACCCCUACCUCCAGGUCCUCACCCGGCUCAAAUGAUACAUGUCCCUCAAAAUGUUGGUCCAGUCGCCCCUAACCAACCACCAGGCAGUGCUUUUUCGGGCUUGAUUGGUUCCCUCAUGGCUCAAGGUUUAAUCUCAUUGACAAAACAAACUCCUGGACAGGAUUCUGUCGGACUCGAGUUCAAUGCUGAUCUUAUUAAGGUGCGCCAUGAGUCUGCAAUAAGUGCUUUAUAUGCAGAUCUCCCCAGACAGUGCACAACAUGUGGCCUUAGAUUUAAGUGUCAAGAAGAGCACAGUAGCCACAUGGAUUGGCAUGUCACUAAGAACCGGAUGUCCAAGAACCGGAAGCACAAACCUUCUCGCAAGUGGUUCGUUGAUACAAGUAUGUGGCUCAGUGGGGCAGAGGCAUUAGGAACUGAUGCAGUUCCUGGAUUUUUGCCUACUGAGUCUGUCGUGGAGAAGAAGGAUGACGAAGAAAUGGCUGUUCCUGCUGAUGAGGAGCAGAAUGCUUGUGCAUUAUGUGGAGAGCCUUUUGAUGAUUUCUACAGCGAUGAAACAGAGGAAUGGAUGUACAAAGGAGCUGUCUACAUGAAUGCGCCCAAUGGAUCAACAGCAGGCAUGGAGAGGUCCCAGUUAGGUCCUAUAGUACAUGCUAAAUGCAGGUCUGAGUCUAGUGUGGCUCCACCUGAAGAUUUCAGAUGUGAUGAUGGGGGCGACAGUGAAGAGACUAGUCAUAGAAAACGAUUGCGGAGUUAAGUAUAUUAGAUCGGCUUCCAACAUUCUGUAACUUAGUUUGAGCUUAGUCAUGUUAGUAGUAAUGCUCUUAUUCUUCCUCUGGUGUUUAAGCUUGCUAUACUCUGGCUUUUUGUCAGACACAUGUACAUGUAUAGUUGGAAUUGUACCAUUCAUAUCAUCUUUGCUGAAAAUUAUUACAAAUUCUCUUUUCUGGAGCUGCUGUCUGUUCCUGUACUUCCCAACUUUUUAUUUUUUUUAUUUUUUUCUGCUACACUAUGUAAGAGGCCACUUCGAUAUGAUUAGUGUUUUAAUUUUUGAGGGCAAUUUUUUAUUUUUGUA